AGUCGAGAUUGAAUUUUUACUUCAUAAAAAUACCAAAAAGCUAAUUCAAAAGACGUUGGGAAUCCUGGAAGCUGGUGCGGAACGCUAUCUUAAAGUUGUCGAACAGAGUAGAAGUGAACUAACGGUUGGUAACCGUUACAGAGAACAACAACAUCAACAAAUGGAAUCCACUACGGAAGCUCUUUCGAAGCUUAACAUCAAUGGCGAUUUUGCGUCCUCCGUCCCUAAUUUACAUAAAAACCUUCACCUUCUCCCCCCUGAGCAGAUUGAGCUGGCGAAAAUAUUAGUAGAAAUGGGGCAGAGUCAUCUGUUUGAGCAUUGGCCAGAACCUGGCGUUGAUGAUGAGGAGAAGAAAGCUUUGUUCGAUCAGGUGGCUCGCCUCAAUUCCAGCUACCCUGGAGGUUUGGCAUCAUAUAUUAAAACAGCAAGAGAACUGUUGGCCGAUUCAAAAGCAGGAAAGAACCCCUUUGAUGGCUUUACACCGUCUGUUCCAACAGGAGAAAAUUUAACUUUUGGUGACGAAAACUUUGUCAAAUUUGAGGAGGCAGGAGUUAGAGAAGCCCAGAAUGCUGCAUUUGUGCUUGUUGCAGGUGGUCUUGGCGAACGUCUUGGAUACAAUGGAAUAAAGGUGGCUCUUCCAAUGGAAACCACUACAGGAACUUGUUUCCUGCAGCAUUACAUAGAGUCGGUUCUAGCUCUUCAGGAAGCAAGCUAUAGACUGACACAAGGUGAAUGUCAAAGGGAUAUUCCUUUUGUUAUAAUGACAUCAGAUGACACACAUUCUCGUACAUUAGAGCUCUUAGAAUCAAAUUCUUAUUUUGGAAUGAAAACAUCACAGAUCAUACUUCUUAAGCAGGAAAAAGUUGCAUGCUUAGAAGAUAAUGAUGCCAGGCUUGCUCUGGAUCCACAUAACAAAUAUAGGAUUCAGACAAAACCUCACGGCCAUGGCGAUGUCCAUUCACUUCUUUAUUCUAGUGGCCUUCUUAGUAAAUGGAGAGAUGCUGGUUUGAGAUGGGUUCUAUUUUUCCAAGAUACAAAUGGACUUCUUUUCAAGGCAAUUCCAGCUUCAUUGGGCGUCAGUGCUACCAAACAAUACCAUGUUAACUCUCUUGCUGUUCCUCGGAAAGCUAAAGAAGCUAUAGGAGGAAUUACCAAGCUUACUCAUGCUGAUGGGAGGUCGAUGGUGAUUAAUGUUGAAUACAAUCAGCUUGAUCCUCUUCUUAGAGCAACUGGGCAUCCUGAUGGAGAUGUCAACUGCGAGACAGGCUAUUCUCCUUUCCCAGGAAAUAUCAAUCAAUUGAUUUUGGAACUUGGUCCUUAUAUUGAGGAGCUGAAGAAAACAGGAGGCGCUAUUAAGGAGUUUGUUAACCCAAAAUACAAAGAUGCCAGCAAAACUUCAUUUAAAUCUUCAACUCGACUUGAAUGUAUGAUGCAAGAUUAUCCAAAAACAUUGCCCCCAUCAGCAAGGGUCGGAUUUACGGUGAUGGAUACGUGGCUUGCUUAUGCACCUGUGAAGAACAAUCCUGAGGAUGCUGCUAAGGUACCAAAAGGAAAUCCAUAUCACAGUGCAACUUCUGGAGAAAUGGCCAUCUAUCGUGCAAACAGCCUCAUUCUCAGAAAGGUUGGGGUACAAGUAGGUGAUCCAGUUCAACAAGUGUUUAAUGGGCAGGAGGUGGAAGUAUGGCCUCGUAUCACAUGGAAACCAAAAUGGGGAUUGACAUUUUCAGAUGUCAAAAGAAAAGUUUCUGGUAGUUGCUCAAUCUCUCAAAGGUCCACAAUGGCCAUUAAGGGUCGUAAUAUCUUUGUUGAAGAUCUGUCCCUGGACGGAGCACUUGUGAUUGAGUCUGUUGAUGGAGCAGAGGUAAAAGUAGGAGGUUCUGUGCAGAACAAGGGUUGGAUCAUCGAAAGUGUUGACUACAAAGAUACCUCAGUACCCGAAGAGAUAAGGAUCAGGGGUUUCAGAAUCAAAAAAAUCGAGCAGCUCGAGAAGCAUUAUAGUGAGCCCGGCAAAUUUGACUUGAAGGCUUGAAGGUGAACUUACACAGAGACAACUCCUUUGUAGAGUUGAUUUUCUUGACAAAGUUCAAUGAAUAAAAUUGUAAUUUACGCUUCAAGUUAGAAAAACAAAAAAUCUCAGUAGUUCUUCCAUUUCCUUUAUUUGUUUUAGGGGUUUCACUCAUUCUUUCUUUGUUUUUCUGGUCCCUUCUUCUGUGGAAGGAAUAAGAAUAAUACUGAAUUUUAUUUUGCACAAAAAAUUUUCCUGCAUUUGAAUAAAAUGGCAUGUGUUUUGUUCCUUGUACA